CGGGUUGAUCCCACAAGGCUGAGAGACUCGCGCCAGUUCACAUCCGCCAAUUAAGAAUAGUUUUCGGAAUGGAGUCGAUCCGUUCCGACUCCGAAACAUAAACACCCGGGAACCCACACGAUUCGCGCCGGCUCUCUCGCUAGAUAGUGACUCGUGAUUCGAUUCGCCAUGGCUGGAGUAUUAUUCGAAGAUAUUUUCGAUGUAAAGGACAUCGAUCCGGAAGGCAAGAAGUUCGACAGGUGUGCUCGACUUCAUUGUGAAUCCGAGUCCUUCAAAAUGGACCUGAUUCUGGACAUCAACAGCCAAGUCUACAAUGUCGAACUUGGAGACAAGUUCCGGCUGGUAAUCGCGGCAUCGCUGCGGGAAGAUGGGUCCGAUCCGGAUAGCGGUGACUACAAUCCAGCCGAUGACACCCCUACGAGAGCCGACCAAUUUGAAUACGUCAUGUACGGAAAGAUUUACCGUAUCGAAGGCGAUGAUGCUACUACUGGGGAGUGUACUCGACUGGCAGCUUACGUAUCGUUCGGCGGGCUACUCAUGAGGCUACAAGGCGAUCCCAACAAUCUCCACGGCUUCGACGUCGAUAACCACGUCUAUCUUCUCAUGAAAAAACUCGCCUUCUAGAAUGAUUGGAUCAUUUUGUAAAUAUUGUUUGUGCAUUCGAACCUGGAAAAUCGCU